AUGGCGAUCGCCUGUUUAAUGGACAUGAACGCCUUACUAGACCGCUUUCACAACUAUAUCCUGCCGCAUCUGCGAGGCGAGGACCGCGUCUGUCACUGCAACUGUGGAAGACAUCAUGUCCACUAUGUAAUCCCAUACGACGGGGACCACUCGCUGGUGGACUCCUCAGAGAACUACUUUGUGAGUGACAGUGUGACGAAGCAGGAGAUGGACCUGAUGCUGGGUCUGCUGCUGGGCUUCUGCAUCAGCUGGCUGCUUCUGUGGCUGGACGGGGUGCUACACUGUGCCGUCCGCGCCUGGAGGUCUAGUCGUUAUUACGACACCCCUUCCUGGUCGUGGCUCCCUCAGUUCUGUAACCUGCGGGACCUCCGUAGACGCGCUCAGCUUCGACAGUUGGACGACUCCAGCGGAAACAUGGUCCACAUCAAACAGAAGCUCUACCACAACGGUCACCCAAGCCCCCGCCACCUCUGA